AUGCCUCCAUCUCCAUUAACAGCGACCCUGCUCCAAUCCACCGUCCUCAACGCCUUAUCCAACCUCCUGGCGCAACUGAUAGACCAGCACAGACAAGACAAACCAUUUGCUCUUAAUAUCCCCGUUUUCUUAGCAUUCGUCAUUUACGGGGCUAUUGUCGUGCCUCCCAAUUUCUACUGGCAGCGGUACAUCGAAGUCCGCUUUCCAGGCUUUCCAAAUCUAAGAAAUGCAUUUAAAAGCGAUGCAGAGAAAGACAAGCCAGUGCUAGAUCUUGAAGAUUCACUCCCACGCAAGGAGAAACCACCCCGACAACAGACAUUCUCGUCAGGUUCAUCGUCAGCAUCUCCAUCGGGUUCGGGAUGGCGCAAUUUCGCCAUGAAAUUCACCCUCGAUCAGACGGUGGCUGGUGUGGUGAAUAUCGUCUUGUUUGUGGUUUUGAUUAAUAUGCUCAAAGGGCAGCUUGGGAUUGGGGGUCUUUGGAAACUAGUUUGCGAUGACUUGCCCCCUAUUAUGGUCGCCCGGCUUAAGUUCCGGCCUCUUGUCUCAGGAUUGAUGUAUACUGUCAUUCCGGUAGACCGGCGAGUGGUGUUUGCGAGUGCGUGUGGUGUUAUCUGGGGUAUUUAUUUGAGUCUGUAUGCGGCUGUUUAG